GUUGUUCUGUCUGCUGUGAUCUCAGUAGUCGCUGUGCGGUGGAGGCAGUUUUUUUUUCCUGUGUGCAACCAACCGCAAGAAAUGGAUGUGUUUCUUAUGAUCCGACGUAACAAGACAACCAUCUUCACAGAUGCCAAAGAGUCAACCACAGUCUAUGAACUCAAGCGCAUUGUGGAAGGCGUUUUAAAGAGGCCACCUGAAGAUCAGAAACUUUACAAGGAUGACGUGAUGCUCAAUGACAGUCAAACUCUUGGGAACUGUGGCUUUACAAAUCAAACAGCCCGACCUCAGGCCCCAGCAACGGUGGGAUUAGCCUUCCGUCUGAGUGAUGAUUCAUUUGAGCAGCUGAGGCUCGAGUCUUUCUCCACUCCCCCAGAGCUCCCUGACGUCAUGAAGCCCCAGGACUCGGGCAGCACAGCCAACGAGCAGGCUGUACAGUGAGGGAGGGGGCAGGAAGACCAAAGGGACACACGGGGGUCGGAGGGAGAAUGCACGGAUUGGAGGGAGGGUAGAAUUUUGGGAAGUGAUGCUUCCACGGGUGAGUUUUACCAUGCCGACAACAGAUCUUCAGCUGGGCAUAAACAGUUACAAACACGGAUACCCCUUGUUGUAAAUGUGAGGGUGGGUGCUUCAAAGUGGUUUAUUUGUCCUGAAAUCGGUGAACGCAUGCUAGAUAAAUUGAUAAUUUCACACAAGACCCUUCAGAUUCCUGGAGGGCUUGUCACAACACUGUCAGUCACCCAUGGGAUUGGUAACGACUGAACAUAAGAAAUUGUACCUCGUAUUUAAUUCAUUCUAGUCUUUAUUUGGGGUAAGGUUAUUGCUGCCUUACUUGUGUUUUUUAUUUUGCUGGCUUAAACGUUGGAGUUGAUGAGGUGUGACAUGUUUAGGCUUUAUGUUUGUGUGUUUCUUUAUUAAACUAUUACUAGGAUUUAACAUGUUUUUGGUCUUUGGCCUGGAUAUGUGUUGCAACAAUAGCUUGGAUUUUGUGAAUUUCUAAGUUACCAUCUGUAUUUCAAAAACAACCAUAGUAAUCUGAAAUAAAAUAGAUUAACUUGUUGGCAGGAGAUCUGGCAUUUAAGAUGAGCAUUUUCCAGGUUCUUUACCAAUCAGUAGUUGUAGCUGCUCACAGAAGUUACUGAGACUGAAUGCACUCAUUGGUAUUUACAACACAUGUUACGCUGGCAUGGACCUGGUGUUGAAUGUGAAGUUCGACAGGCAGCAAUCAAAAAUAAAUUAAGAGUGAUUUUUUUUUACCUUACCAAUUUCCUCUCCAAUGUUUAUUGCAGCUGAUGACAUCUUAGAGAUGUUGAUGAGAUCUUGACUUUAAUCAGUGGGGCAAACCGUUUUAAUUGAACAGGAAGUUUGUCAUGUGCAAAGUUAUGAACCGUGCCUGUGAAUAGCUGGCUGCACAUCUGACUCUGCAUUGUACCAGAAUCCCUUCCUAUUAAGGUUCAGUUCAUGCUGCAACUUGUGUUGUAUUAUACCUGAUUACCUUAUUUCUUAUAGUUUUCCUGAAGUUAAAAGGGGAAUUAUUAUCUGCACAUUGAAUGAAAUCAAAAAAUCACAUAAAAAGCUGUAUAAUCAAAUUUAAAUAUAACACUGGGUCUUGUGAUCUAGAAAACUACACUUAAAGAAACAACUAAAACCCUCUAUUAGUUACAACAGGAAAUUACAUUCUGACCGUGGGUUGUUGAAUAACAUGGUUGACAUUAACAUUUGCAAGUGGAGGCUGUUAAACAGUAGGACAUGAUCAAAGUUGCACUUGUAAAUGAUUUCAACAUUAAAACAUCUGUUUUUCA